AUGGUAUGGGACUACUAUAAUGGCAAAAUAUUGUUCGUCACUGGUGGGACAGGGUUUAUUGGCACAGGUAUACUAUAUCGACUUUUAACUCAAUCAACUCCGGAACACAUUUACGUGCUUUGCCGGGGUGGCUACUCAAAAGCGGAGUCAAAAUGGAAGAGCAUGCUGCCAGCAUCUAUCGCGGAGACUCUUACCCGAAGCAACUGCGUGACGGUUCUGGACGGAGAAUUGGGGGACACUGCCACUAUGAGUCUUGAAGAUGAAACAUUGCAAAUGCUGAAAAGAAGAGUUCACGUUUUCAUUCAUGCUGCGUGCUCAAUCGAGCUGAAGAAGUCUCUCCGAGAACUGUCUUACACAGUCAUUGCGCCAACACUCUGUCUUGCAAAUUACGCUCUAAAAUUUCCGAAUCUCGAGAAAUUCGUCUUUAUUUCAAGCGCCUAUGUCAAUGCACAUUUAUGGAAAACGAGCGAGUCUUCCGAUGUGGCGGUCGAAGAGCGAGUAUAUUCUCUUGAUAGGAAAGGCGAAGACCCCUACGAAAGCGCACCCGAAAUCUGGAGAGAAGUCCAAAAGAACGGUACAUCGCAUGAAUUCGAGACCCACGACUUCCCUUGGCCCUAUGCAUAUGCCAAACACCUAGCUGAGCGACUGGUUCUACAAAAGGCUUCUGAGAAGGAUGCCCUGGACAAGAUACUCAUCAUCCGGCCGUCAGUUAUUGGUCCAGCAGAAGAGAUCCCAUAUCAUGGAUUCACUUCGUACUCGACGCCAUCGACAGCCUGUGCAGCUGCUUACGCCUUGCACCCGGGCCGAAAGAUAAUUCUUGCAACGCGCUGUGACCAACCCGACCAAAAUGCUACGAUUGACGAGGUUGGAGUGGAUCUCGUAGUUGAUCGGACCUUGCUCCAUAUUGCCUGUGGCACAAGUGGAUGCGUCCAUGCAGUUAGUGGCGAAAAGAGAAGACUGCGCCUGGAAGACUGGUGGAAUGCGUUCAAGAAUGAGCGUCGUCUGCCUUGGAAUGUGAAACCCAUCUGGACCAACGAGGAUUGGCAUUCCUCCAACUUGCACCAGAUGGCUCGAAACUUCAAGAUCAUUGGGACAUCAUUCGCCUUUGCAGAAGAUAAGACUGAUCAAGUGGUCAAGUCACUUAGCUCGGAAGAGCUGGAGCACCUCAAACUGUUUACAGAUCGCUCUCAGCCUUAUCAUCAUUCCCUCAUCCACCGCAGACAUCAUAUACACCAUUUGGCUAAAGAGAUGAUCAAGAAGAACAAACUGCCAGUGCCGGUGUUUAUGACUGGAUUGUUUUGCAGAAAGGGAAAGCCACCGCACCACUAUCGGACUCAAAGUCAAAAACUUGCUGUAUAA